AUGAAUGAUAAAAUAAAACUUCAAGAAAAAUUUGAAAGUCAAGCACAAGAAAUAAUUACUGAAGAAAUAUUUUACCAACAUAAAAAUCAAUUAUUUAUUGUUGGAGAAAAUGGAAAACCUGUAUUUUCAAAAUAUGGUGAUGAAACAAAAAUGUCAACAUUAUUAGGAGCAUUUUCAGCAUUAGUUUCAUUAACAAUAGAAGAUGGAAAAGAAAUUGAGAUUGAAGGUGAUACUAAACGAAUAUUUAUUGAUAUUCGUGGACCAUUUAUUUUUAUUAGUAUGAAUAAUAAAGAUAAAAGUAUUUCAGAAAUUAGAAGAUAUCAUGAAUUUAUUGAACAUCUUAUUUAUCUUUAUAUUCCAUUAGAUAUUUUUGAAAAAAGAUUAGAAGAAAAUCCAGCAUUUGAUUGUAGACAAUUAACUUCUACAAAAACAAAAGAAAUUAAAAUGGGAAUAUAUCAAUUUAAUACAUGGAUAGGUGGGAUGAUUGGUAAAGUUGAAAUUGAAUAUUGUUCAAUUAGACAAAGUAUAGGAAAUAGUAUUAGUAAUAUUGUCACAGAAGGAAAUAUAGGAAUUAAAAAUAAUAUUAUUAUGGUUUUAUUAUAUAAUGAAAAGAAAAUAAUUAGUUGUAAUGGAAAAAAAGGAUUUUCAUUAACACCAAAUGAUAUGAAUGGAAUUAUUAGUUAUGGGAAUGAAAAUGAAGGUGAUGGGGAAGUUGGAAUGCCAGAAUUAAGUAAAUCAGGAAAAUUAAAAAUUUGGACUAUUAAUAUUGGUGUAUUGAAAAUGGCUGUUAUUUAUCAAACUGAAGAUUAUUUUCUUGAAGUUAAAAUUAUCACAGAAAAUAUUAAUCAAGAAAUAGAUCAUUAUUACAACACAUUAAUUGCAUCAAUAAAUAAUCCUCCUGUUCCUGAUUUAUACACAAAUCAUUUGUUAUUAUUUUAUACUUUUAUUGGAGAUAAUUUUAUUUAUUCAUCUCCAUUAAAUGAUUUAUAUAAAGACAGAAAACAAGAAAAAAGAAUUAAGUCUUUAUGUACUAAAUUAUAUUAUGAACAUAAAGAAUUUAAUACUGACAAUUUAUCUUCUUCAAAAAGAUGUGCAUUUACUACUGACCUUGAAACAGUUGCAUUCAAACAAACUCAGAAAGGUUUAUUAAUUGGAAUCUUUAAUUUUAUUGUUGACAUCCCUUCUUCUAUUGAUUAUUUAAAUCAACUUGAUAAAUGGUUUAACUAUGACAACAUUACCUAUACUCAAUAUGACUUAUCUUAA